AUGCAAUCCCUGGAAGAAUUUCUUCAUAUCCUUUAUCAGUGGCAAUGGCUUCCCGUGUUGACUGUUCUGCUGGUCACCUACGUCACGUAUUAUUUGUUUCACGUCGUUCAAAAGCCUCGAUUGAUCGGCAAAGAAGGUCCGUUUCGAGAGUUCCUCUUGCAGAGUUGUCCGAUGGUAAACGAAUAUUAUUGGCCAACUUUUUGGUGUUUUGGAGCUCGUGCGCAAACGGUAAUUCGAGCGGUGAUCAGGUCCAAACCUUCAGUUCCCUUUAGAAGGUAUUUUUUCACUGUUUUUUCCUUAGGAAGUUAAUAAUAAUUCUUCUUGAGCCCUAGUUACCGUUCAAAUGUGCUCGUAGCGACCGCCAUAAUGUGAGUGGCGAUCAUUCAACUUUUUUUCCGGAACGUUACAUGUCGAUAAUACCGAUAACCGAUAGAAACCGAUUGUGGUUGAUAAGAAUCGAUAGUCAUCAAUCGACAAAUAUCGUAAUCAAUAAAAGUCGAUCACAAAAUGUCAAGUGAUUAUCGAUUUCUAUCAACUUUUGGUUUAAGAGUUCAUUUUUUUUUUAUAUUUACUAACUACUGGAGGAUAAAAAGUUGUCAGAAGCUACAGUUUCAAGAUGCAUUUGUAAACUAUUACUAUUAAAACAAAGGGUUGUGGCAUGUGUUUGAAAUGUCCCCCCGUAAAAACAUUUUAUGACUUAAGCCUCUGCAUGGUCAGUUGGUUCGAAGAAUUGUGACGUCCAAUUUCUUGAUAUACAGUCGACUCUCUCUUAACGGACACCUCUGUAAAACGGACACUUGGAGUUGGUUCCUGCCUUUCUUUUACUCCUUUUAUUUGACUCUCUAUAAGACGGACAUCUCUCUAAGACGGACACUUGAUGCCGGUCCCAAAGGUGUCAGUCUUGGAGAGAGUUGACUGUAGUAGCAUUCAUAUUUCGUUCAACAGUAAACUGUAAAUCUACUCUGUUAUAAAUCCCCACCUGAUUUUUGAUAACUUAAAAAAAAGGGAUUAAAAGUGCAGGUAAUAAUAAAACAUUUAUAAUGCGCAAAUUCCAUAAAAUGUUCAAAUGCACAUAAAAAAAAAAAAACAGUAGCCUGCGAGCUGUGUAGCUCUCCAGGGCACUCUCAUAAAGUGCCUGUUAUGCAGGCUAAUUAUGAUGAUAAUGAUAAUUCACUAAGUAUGAACAAUCAUAUCACCCAAAUGUUUCAAACCUGUUUCUAUCGUAUUCAUAACAUCUGUCGAAAUUUCAAAAUUUUUGUCAAAGGAGUGCCUUCAGACAGAUACAUUCUAGUUCAUGCUUUUGUGACCUCAAGACUAGUUUACUAUAACAGUUUACUUCAUGGGCUGCCCAAAUAUCAGAUUUGUAAGCUACAAUGAGCCCAGAACACCGCAUAAAUAGGGGCUUUUUCCUAGAGCUGCUCAUAUGUUACAUCAUGCUGAAACCCUCAGUCUCCUAUAUUAGUCAAUUGUCAUGACAUCACCCCUGGAAUUUUUGAUUGGUGAAUUUUCACUCUGAGAAGUCCUUUAAAAUAGCAUAACUGACCAGGAUUAAAAUUUAAGGACUUCUUGACAAUCUAAUAAUAGCAGUGACAACAAUGAUGGUCAAUGACUGUAGUGAUGAAGAUGUACAUGUUGAUGAAUUUUUAUGAGGACGCUGAUGCUCUGAGUCACAUUUUUGUUACUUAAGGGAGACUUUGGAAACACCAGACAAAGGGAUUGUUUGCUUGGACUGGUUUGACAAUGAUGACAGCACUGUUUAUAACGAUGCCGCAACAAGACCUACUGUAUUAUUACUUCCUGGACUCACUGGUUAGUAACUAAUUCCAAAAUGUUAAUAUCAGUAUUCAAAUUCCUUUUGAUGGCCUUCAAAAAUCUCUUACACAUAUACCUUUCAGUUAGAGGAAGUUGGUAUUAUAAAUACAUAUAUUUUAGGCUGUUUGUUUAUAAGAGAUUUAAGUGCUACACUAGAGGUUCUAACCACAUACUGGGUUCGGGCAGUCUUGAAAAGUCCUUGAAUUUUCUUCAACGUUGAAUGUAGUGGCCUGGAAAGAGUUUUUUGAUGCUUUUUGAUUGUCCAAGACAGAAUAUAAAUCAAAGCUCAGAGUACAGGGCUGGAUUUCAAUAGGUUAAUUGGAAACACACUACCGUCUAGAUCCUGCUGCGUUGUUGAGUUUUCUAUAGUUCUUACAGGAAGCGUUACUUUAUUAAAAAUGAAAUGACACUCUAGUCCAAUAUCAAUCAGAAACAAUGUUAAUAAUUUAAUGGACUGGUGUAAUUGUGCCAAAUAUAUUUAUCCAUUAAGAUUUAAGAAAAGGAAAGAACAAUCGCAGUGACAAAAAGAAACCGUGUUUUCAGAGUUUUUUAGAUUUUUACCAAAUAAAUCUGAAUAAACUUUAAUAAUGAUACUGAGAGUUUUGAGCAAUCUGAGCCUGACCAUUGUGUGGAUAAAAGACGGCUGUCAAAAUUAAAUGUUUAUCGAAUCUUACAGAUGUAAAGGGAAUAAGACGCAUACACAAACACAAUGAUAUUCAACAUAAGCUUAAUAAAGUUGAUUAUUUUUCAUUCAAUCUUGAAAUCAUAAAUCUUUCGUUUCUUACCAAUUCACGAGCUUCAUCAAAGCAUCGUUCGACGUCGCUGACUGCACCCUUCUUCGAUGCUAAAGGAAAAAAUAAAAUAACGCUGUUUUAAGUUUAAAAGAAGCUACAACACCAAUCAAUUUCAACAAAUUGUCAAAUUCACAAUCAAACUUACAUCCAUGAAGGUUCGGAAUCUUGCAAAUUUUCGCCGUAAUUUCAGCGCUGAUAUUUCCGAACUGUUGUUCGUAGUGAGUAAAUAACUCCGUCAUUUUGAAGAAAAAUUAAUUAGAAUAUUAAAUCUUCACAAUUCAGACCUUUAGAUGUUGUUUAAAGCUAAAACUAUGAAAGUAUUUGAGGAAAUUGAAAUGUAUUUUUUUAACUUCGAACUGCGACCGUCAUUGUCAUGCGAAGUUCCAGUCUCUUUCGUUUUUCUUUGGUCGUCUUUGGACCGCGGUGACCUAGACACUACUGUUAAUCGAAGAACCAAAGUCCGCUUCGUCCUUCGUUUCACAACAAAUGCAAAGCCAUGCGAAGACCUGUCAGCGCUCUUUAGCUGCAUUUUUUCCUCAAAAUGCAAUCCCUGGAAGAGUUUCUUCAUAUCCUUUAUCAGUGGCAAUGGCUUCCCGUGUUGACUGUUCUGCUGGUCACCUACGUCACGUAUUAUUUGUUUCACGUCGUUCAAAAGCCUCGAUUGAUCGGCAAAGAAGGUCCGUUUCGAGAGUUCCUCUUGCAGAGUUGUCCGAUGGUAAGCGAAUAUUAUUGGCCAACUUUUUGGUGUUUUGGAGCUCGUGCGCAAACGGUAAUUCGAGCGGUGAUCAGGUCCAAACCUUCAGUUCCCUUUAGAAGGUAUUUUUUCACUGUUUUUUCCUUAGGAAGUUAAUAAUAAUUCUUCUUGAGCCCUAGUUACCGUUCAAAUGUGCUCGUAACGACCGCCAUAGUGUGAGUGGCGAUCAUUCACCCUUUUUUCCAGAACGUCACAUGUAAUAAUUCCGAUAACCGAUAGAAACCGAUUGUUGUUGAUAAAAAUCGAUACUCAUCAAUUGACAAAUAUCGUAAUCAAUAAGAGUUGAUCACAAACUGUCAAGUGAUUAUCGAUUUCUAUCGACUUUUGGUCUAAGAGUUCAUUUUUUCUUAUAUUUAUUAUCUACUGGAGGAUAAAAAGCGAUCAGAAGCUACAGUUUCAAGAUCCAUUUGCAAACUAUUACUAUUUGUUCAAAGGGUUCUGGCAUGUGUUUGAAAUGUCCCUCCAUAAAAAGAAUCAUGUUAUUUUACAUGGGAAAAGAAAAUGUGGGCUUUUUCCUAGGGCUCCUCGGGUUACAUCAUGCUAAAACUCUUAGUCUCCUAUAUUAGUCAAUUGUCAUGACGUCACCCCUGGAAUUUUUGAUUGGUGAAUUUCGCACCAAACAGGUAUGAAAAGUCCUUCAGAAUACCAUAACCAACCAGGGUUAAAAUUUAAGGACUUUUUGAAAAUCUAAUAAUAGCAGUGACAACAAUGAUGGUAGUAACAAUGACUGUAGUGGUGAUGUGCACGAUCUGAUCAUGAAUUUUUAUGACAAUGAACGUUGAUGCUAUGUGUCACAUUUUUGUUACUUAAGGGAGACUUUGGAAACACCAGACAAAGGGAUUGUUUGCUUGGACUGGUUUGACAAUGAUGACAGCACUGUUUAUAACGAUGCUGCAACAAGACCUACUGUAUUAAUACUUCCUGGACUCACUGGUUAGUAACUAAUUCCAAGAUGCUAAUAUCAGUAUUCAAAUUCCUUUUGAUGGCCUUCAAAAAUCUCUUACACAUAUACCUUUCAGUUAGAGGAAGUUGGUGUUAUAAAUACAUAUAUUUUAGGCUGUUUGUUUAUAAGAGAUUUAAGUGCUACACUAGAGGUUUUAACCACAUACUGGGUUCGGGCAGUCUUGAAAAGUCCUUGAAUUUUCUUCAACGUUGAAUGUAGUGGCCUGGAAAGAGUUUUUUGAUGCUUUUUGAUUGUCCAAGACAGAAUAUAAAUCAAAGCUCAGAGUAUUUAAAGGUUCUUUACACAAAGUGCUCUAUGUUUCAUGCAAUAAUUAACUAUCAAUUUGAAAAUUGUAGAGAAGUUGGUGAAGGAAACAGUUCAUGCUUUAAAGUCUUAUUAGAAUAGAUUAGGUAUGUGCAUUUUUGUACAAUCUGUGAAAUUUUAUUCCUAGUAGGUAGUCCUUGGAAAUCUAAUGUGGUCCUUGAAAAGUCUCUGAAAAAUGGUUGCAAUUUUUUGUAUGAAGCCUUUUUAACUUAACUAAGAACUAAAUGAAUGGUGAAUGAUAUUGAAAAUGUGUCAUUUAUCUUGUUCAAACCAUUAUUAUUUUAGGUGGAAGUGAGACAAGCUAUAGCCGUCAUUUGGUGGUACUGGGUGAAAAGUUAGGAGUGAGGUGGGUUAGAAUGCUGAACUUGUCCAGUAAGGAGAGCUGGGACACAUAGAAGUAUAAAACCCUCUGUUUUUCUUGUUCUAAUGCUUAUGUUGAUCCCAUUCAUAGUGGGUUUUAGACUGCUUGCAGUCCACCUUUUCUCUUACAAUCCGUCUUCUUAUCUCAGCCUGUGGGAUUGCAAAGCCACUACGUUAUGGAUUGGGACGAGACGAUAAAAGACGGACUGUGGACUCUCUUUUGUAGUAAACAAACCAGGGCUUCUGAUAUUUCGCGCGGUUGCAGACCCUCGAAAUUCAGGUAUUUCCGCGAAAUCCCGCGAAAUUCCCAAAAAAACACGAAAUACCGCGAAAUCCGCCAGAAAUAUUUCCAAAUACAUGUCGGCAAAACAUAUUUAAUACUUAUCUGGGCUAUUAGACCUGUUCUAUUCACCCCAAACGUCCAAAUUUAUCUUGAAACUUCGUCACUGCAAUGAGUAAACAACGUCUCAAAACUUCCAGGCGUUCUUAGAUGAACGUUGCGAAAAACUGGGCACUAACCAUAACGUUAACAGCUUUAGCGUUCGGUCAUUUCUCGAGCGAACUGUUGUUGAAAGAGCAAAUGAUUAUCCCUGUUAAAAAAACGUUCAACAAAUGCUGGUCAUAUCGACGCAAAAUUGAUUGAUUUUAGCAAAAUUUGCCAAAAAAAUUCAGCGAAAUCGGCUGUUUUUUACUGAUUGUUUCUUGGCGAAUUUUCCCCCGAAAUUUCCCGCGAAAUCGGCUGAUUUUCCUGCAAAUUUUGACUUUUCUCCCGCGAAAAUCCCGCGAAAUCGGCCAAUUUUUGAGCGAAUUUUGACUUUUUUCCCGGGAAAAUCCCGCGAAAUCGGCCGAUUUUCCGCGAAUUUGCCCCUGAAAAUCCCGCGAAAUUUUGCUUUUUUUUUCGCGAAAUAUCAGAAGCCCUGACAAACCCUCCGUUAGCCCAGAAACGGAGUAACCCUUUGGUCAUUUUUACAGCUGUUGACAGAUCAUUGACUGGUUCCUGCUUGACAUGAGCAUAAGGACAAGCAAAAGCCACCAAAAAUGAGACUUGUUGUUACAAAAACCUCUUGUGCGUGCAUUACUAGUCAAUAUCUUGCUUAAUAUGUAAAUGUUACUACUACUACUCAGUCCUAGUUAUCCCCAUAGGACAUUGCCUCCUCGACCUCACAGCAGAAAUAGUUUCUGUCCUUGCAUGCUUUCUCAUGUUUCCAUUGUUUGGUCUUGGAUUGUUGGGAUAAAAUUGUCUCAGGAAGUAGGGUUGAGUCUUUCCCCCAGCCUGGCCCCAGCCAGUUUCCAAAGUAGGGGGAUCCUAUGCCUGGCUCCAAUCUUGAGAGUCAACACUGUAAGUUAUAGCAUCAGGUGCUUCUUCAAAAAUAUGUAUCACCCGCUCCCAUGACCUCACCAACCCUGGUGCCGGCAGACCUGAUACUCCACCCUGCCCAUAGGUGACCUGUGAGCUAGUGGAGGGAAGGAAUUGCCUUACUUCUCCUGUUGAUAGAGGAUACCUCUACCCUGCUCCUUAAAUCUAAAUGUUACAGGUCAAAAUUAAAUUCAGGUUAAAAUUUUUUUCACCUGUUAUUCACUAUAUCCUUUCAGUCUCCUAGCCUGAAUUAUUCAUGAAAUUAGGGCUAGGCAGGGCUUCUGAUAUUUCGCGGAAAAAAAAGCAAAAUUUCGCGGGAUUUUCAGGGGCAAAUUCGCGGAAAAAUCGGCCGAUUUCGCGGGAUUUUCGCGGGGAAAAAGUCAAAAUUCGCUCAAAAAUCGGCUGAUUUCGUGGGAGAAAAGUCAAAAUUCGCUCAAAAAUCGGCCGAUUUCGCGGGAUUUUAGUGGGAAAAAGUCAACUUUCGAAGGAUUUUCGGGGCAAAUUCUUAGAAAAAUCGGCCGAUUUCAUGGGAAAUUUUGGGGGGAAACUUCGCCAAGAAACAAUCAGUAAAAAACAGCCAAUUUCGAUGGAUUUUUUUGGCAAAUUUCGCUAAAAUCGAUCAAUUUUGCGUCGAUAUGACCAGCAUUGUUUAACGUUUUUUAACAGGGAUAAUCAUUUGCUCUUUCAACAACAGUUCGCUCGAGAAAUGAGCGAACGCUAAAGCUGUUAACAUUAUGGUUAGUGCCCAGUUUUUCGCAACGUUCAUCUAAGACGCCUGGUAGUUUUGACACGUUGUUUAUUCGUUGCAGUGACGAAGUUUCAAGAUAAAUUUGGACGUUUGGGGUGAAUAGAACAGGUCUAAGAGCCAAGAUAAGUAUUAAAUAUGUUUUGCCGACAUGUAUUUGGAAAUAUUCUGGCGGAUUUCGCGGUAUUUUGUGUUUUUUUGGGAAUUUCGCGGGAUUUCGCGGAAAUACCUGAAUUUCACGGGUCCGCGACCGCGCGAAAUAUCAGAAGCCCUGGCUAGGAGACAAAGGAAAUUGAGAAUCAACCUAGGUUUAAUCGAUAAUUUAAACCUGAAUUUAAUUUUGACCUUAAACAUUAACAAAGAUAUUUUUUCAUUACCUCUAUUUUACAUAACAGGACAAUUGUUGCUAAUCAUAGAGGAUUUGGAGCCUCCCAGUUAAAGGUAAAUAUAAUUCAAAGGCCUGUUAGUGGCUACACAAGUGUUUCAAUCACUUUUAAUGUGAGUCAGGUCGAACCUUUCCUUGUGGAUGAUGGUGAUAAAGUGCAUUGUAGUAAAAUUUAUGCCUACCUUUAAUUUCAGACUCCAAGGACCUUCUGUGCAGCCAAUACUGAAGACCUCAAGUUUGUUCUAUCGCACAUUCACAGAAUCUACCCAGGAUCACCAAUAUUUGGCAUGGGAAUUUCUAUGGGAGGGUAAGGCAUUCCCCAUUACAGUCAAACCUCCUGUAAGCAACCACCCAAAAUGCGAAGAGUUAGUGGCCGCUUAUAGAAGGUUAUGCUUACGAGAAUCAAACCAUAGGGGGUCUCUUCNUUGAUAGAGGAUACCUCUACCCUGCUCUUUAAAUCUAAAUGUUACAGGUCAAAAUUAAAUUCAGGUGAAAAUUUUUUUCACCUGUUAUUCACUAUAUCCUUUCAGUCUCCUAGCCUGAAUUAUUCAUGAAAUUAGGGCUAGGAGACAAAGGAAAUUGAGAAUCAACCUAGGUUUAAUCGAUAAUUUAAACCUGAAUUUAAUUUUGACCUUAAACAUUAACAAAGAUAUUUUUUCAUUACCUCUAUUUUACAUAACAGGACAAUUGUUGCUAAUCAUAGAGGAUUUGGAGCCUCCCAGUUAAAGGUAAAUAUAAUUCAAAGGCCUGUUAGUGGCUACACAAGUGUUUCAAUCACUUUUAAUGUGAGUCAGGUCGAACCUUUCCUUGUGGAUGAUGGUGAUAAAGUGCAUUGUAGUAAAAUUUAUGCCUACCUUUAAUUUCAGACUCCAAGGACCUUCUGUGCAGCCAAUACUGAAGACCUCAAGUUUGUUCUAUCGCACAUUCACAGAAUCUACCCAGGAUCACCAAUAUUUGGCAUGGGAAUUUCUAUGGGAGGGUAAGGCAUUCCUUAUUACAGUCAAACCUCCUGUAAGCAACCACCCAAAAUGCGAAGAGUUAGUGGCCGCUUAUAGAAGGUUAUGCUUACGAGAAUCAAACCAUAGGGGGUCUCUUCCUAGAAGAAGUCCGAACCCAACGCCUUUUUUGGAGAGAAUGUAUUGUAUGCGAUUUUUAGGUUAUAAUACUAGUAAUAACAAAUUAAAGGUUAUUGAUUGCGGGUGACAAUGAUUGAAGGUCAAAACGCUUUUGCUCCAGAGCUGUGCUUUUCAUAAGUUUUACAUGACAGAUAGCCAAAAUGCGUGUGAUCAGAUUACGGGUGAUAGAAGCUCCAAACGCGUGUGUUCAUAUGGCGUUCUGUGCAUUCCAUUCAUUUUUAGUGGAAGUCCAAGUAAAUGUAAUAACAACCUGGAGAUCAGGAUUGGGGGCUCCUCUUGUCACCCACAAUAACUAAAUCCAUGUUGUUUCUAGAAGUUCUUUUCAUACUCUGAGUAGUGUUGUACAUACAGUGAACACACAGAUCAGACCAUUCUAUCAGGUGGUCGAUUAGAAAAGGUAAAGAACAACGGAAAAUUAUAAAACCGCCAUCUGAAAAAGUGGCCUGUGUGGCUUACGAGAGACUGUUGUUUACGAGGGGUUUCAACUACUAUAAGGCUUUGACUUGGAAAAUCUUGGUGUUUUGGAUAAGUGGUGACUUAUGGGAGGUGUUUGCUUACAAGAAGACGUGGUCACGCAUGGAGGUUUGACUGUAUUUGAUUGAAACAACUAAAGCUAUGGAUGAUAGGAAAACAAUAUUUUGUUUCGUCUUUACAUUCUAUUAUUUGAGUGGUCAAUGGAACACCAGUAAGACCCUAAGUGACUUCUGAUAUAAAAUCAAAUUCUCCCUUUGAUUCUCAAGCAUAUUCAAGGCUAGUUGGUAGGAGAAUCAAGCCUUAGUAUAAAAAGUCACUUGGGGCUUUGUUCUCACAAAUACAGUAAAUUAGGCAUUGCUCUAUCUACUCUAAGCUUGGAUGCUGGCAUAUAAGGCACUGUGUGAGCCAACUGGGAAAAUGUCCCGUACUAUUUUCGAACGGCUGGUAGGGCCCUUUUCUAUUGCAGUGAUACUUUGAAAUGCAUUUUUAAAUGUUUUGGUUUCCAAUAAAGUCGUCUUCGUUGUUGUUGUUUUUUUUCAUCCCCAAAUUAGUAAGUAAUAGUAAUAGGUAAAGGUCCUUAUUUUAUUUCGCUAACCCUUUAAGCUCCAAUAUCAUUAUUCAAAUUUAUUAUUCAAGAUUGGACUCCUUACAUUUCCUUGAAGACUAGUUGAGAGAAUUUGAUAAAAGAUCAAAGCAUUUUUCUCAGGUGAUCAUUUCACUGAUUCUCAUAACCAUUUCUCUUAACAAUGUAUGGAUAUUGUUAGGAGAAAAUUGAUGUUGGUCACUAUUGAGACUUAGAGGGUUAACUUGUAAUAGUACUUUAAAACUGAGAAACCUGAGGUCGACGAUGCACUCAUUUUACCCCCUCUCUCCAUUAGUGCUCCAUUUUAAAGGUAUAAAAAGCUACUUAAUGUUGCACAGAAAGGGAGAAGCUGAAACAAAAGUUUGAGGUCUAACUAGGAAGUCAAUCAAACUCUGGACCCUUCCCCCCCUCCCCUCAGAGAAGGCCACACUCUUACCACUGUGCUAAUCCUAAUUUGACUGUGCUAAAGAAAGAUUGAUGAAGACAAUACGCAAGAAAAUUUCAAAUCCCAGGCUACUCCCAUUUCUAGACUCACUGUUAGUACUGAAGUUGUUAACCAUUUAAGCCAUUAUAUCCACUUUUAAAUUCUUCAGGCCGAUUUUCUUGCAUUUCUUUGAAGAUUAGUAGGAAGAAUUUGCUUAGAGAUCAAAGCGUUUUCUUUUAGGUGAUCACGUUAUUAAUUCUUGUUGGUUUUUUCUUGAUUAUUGGUUGAUAUCUUAAGGAGAAAAUUAAUUUCGGCCUGUCUUUGGACGUAAGCGUUAAGAAAUUUUUUGAAGACUCACGUUUUGUUUUUACAGGAUGAUCCUUAUGAAUUAUUUAAAUGAAGUGGGUGACUGUGAGAGUUCAGGUCUUGUUGGAGUCAUGGCUGUUUCUCCUCCGUGGAACUGUAUGGAGUCCUGUGAGUCACUGGAACAACCAAUCAACAGCUUUCUUUUUAAUCAGCACCUGACCAGGAACCUGGUGCAGAUGAUACAGAGGUACUCAGCUACUCAUACGUUAAAGACCUUUAGAUUCUAAGACGAGAACGACUACGAGUAUGAGAUUUUCUUUUCGUGCGUAAGGCAGCGUCAUUAUUAGGGACCUUAAGAUCCGACGACGGAGACGGCAACGGGAACACCACAAAAGCAAAAAGUUUAAUUAGCAAAACAACAAUUUUGCACGUGCAUCACGCUUUUUUAUACAUUUCUUUGCGGUCACUGCAAGACUACGACGUGAAAAUGCCUAAUAAUUUCACGAUGUACAGAGGAAGUACACAAGCGACGUCGAAAUUUCCUCUCUCUUUCUGAACUUGAAUAUGGUUCUUAGGAAUUCAACUUUAGGAGGGUUCGCCUACAUUUGACGAAGUUAGUGACUUGGAGUAAUCGCGAUGAAGAUUGAAAGAACGCGAAUUCACUUUUUCAGCGACGUUUUUUCUGCCGUCGCCGUCCUCGGAUCUUAAGGUCCCUACUACGAGUUUUAGCCGUAGUGGUGAGUUAUCAAAUGUUAGAAGUUUUAGCAUUUUGCAAUUGGGAGAGGUCUCAACCUCCUUCAAUAUCGAUAACAGUGCUAACUUUUAAAUUUGCAUUCUCAUUUGUUGCCCCUAUUCAUUUCGAACAGAAGUAGUGGGGAGAAGUUGAUAACAUAUCGAGCAAAUUCAUCUUGUGUGAUCAUGUCUGUAAUUCUCAUGACCACUCUGUUUUACAGAGCAUUGAUAUUACAAGGAGAAGUUUGAUGCUGACAUUAAGGGGGCAUGCCUUUGUGUCCGUAUUAUCCGGGUUUCUGUAUUUAGCGGGUUAUUUUUAGAGAAAAUUUGAGACUUUUCAGUGUCGCGAAACUAUCCAUUAUAUACAAGUGUCUGUAGUAAGUGGGUGUCCGUAGAGCAGGCCAUUCCACUGUACAUGUCUAUGUGAAUUUUCUGCAGAAGGAGUUUCUUUUAAAUGGUCACAUCACAGGAUUUUGUUAAAAAAAAAAUAGUACAAUAGGAAAGCACGUCGGGUGAAGAGGUUUCGUUAACGUUUGAAGUGAUCACACCACAGGAUUUCAUUCACCGACUCAAAAGUUAGAGCUACAAACUAAAAAAAUAGUACCAUGUGAAAGUACAGUCAACUCUCCCUUAACAGACACCUCUAUAAGACGGACACCUAUGUAAAACGGACACUCAGAUUUGGUCCCUGCCUUUCUUUGCUCCCUCUAUUUGACUCUCUAUAAGACGGACAUCUCUCUAAGACAGACAGCUAGUGCCGGUCCCAAAGGUGUUCGUCUAAGAGAGAGUUGACUGUACUACUAAAGAGGUUUCAUUUGAACGGUAACAUCAUAGGAUUUCGUCCACACAUUCAACAGUUAGAACUACAUACUAAAUAAUUAGUACCAUGUGAAAGUACUGCUGGGGAGGUUUCAUUUGAAUGGUCACACCAUAGGAUUUCGUCCACAGAUUCAAAAGUUAGAACUACAUACUAAAUAAAUAGCACCAUGUGAAAGUACUGCUGAAGAGGUUUCAUUUGAAUGGUCACACCAUAGGAUAGACUCAAAAGUUAGGACAACAUACGAAACAAAUAGUACCAUUUGAUGAUUGAUUGGGUUGCAUUGGAAUGUUCACAGCAUAAGAUUUCAUCCAAAGAGUAAAGCGAAGAUCAUAGAACGUAUAACUCUCUAUUUAUAGAAGGCCCCAAGGCGGCACGAAGGGUACCUACCAGUAUUCAACAUGGAGAGAGUUCAUUGUAUGAUCAGCACAAUAAUUAUACUGAAAAAUAGCUGUUACGGUAACAGUGUGGUAUGGCCAAACAUAACGGCUUUAUAUGUCUCCUUUUAGUAACCUGGAGGUGUUUGAAAGUCAUUUGGGGAAUCUGCCAUUUGAUAUCCAUCAUGUAUUAAAGGUACUGUGUUCAUUCAAUUCAAGUUUCGUACUGGUAAUUACUUACAUGUCGUGUCAUUCAAACAUUCAAUUUCCAUCUUUUGGAAAAUUUUAACCCUCGGUAUGGGAUUUUUUGGGGUUAUUUUUGCCUCCUUUCGAUCAUCCCCGUCACUUUAACUCUAGAGUACUCCCCCUGGUGAUUGCCUUAGUUUAACUAGUUUUUCUUUGCUCGGGCUCCGCCCUAGUUUCUCACAGCUUCGCUGAACGCAACCCGCGCGAGCCCUCGUUUCUUGUGCUCGCAUUCUACCGUCUCUCAAGAGAAAAAUAAGAGACUGCUCGCUGUGUAUAGUUUAACAUAAACAUAGUUACAUACUAAGACAUACCGUAGGAUGUUAUAUUUGCAGUCAAGGACCAUACGCGAGUUUGAUGACAGAUUUACAUCUCCAACAUUUGGUUAUCGUAACUAUGAGGAAUACUACAGUGCUGCGACUCUUCACACCAAACCACUGCACACAAUAAGAGUACCUGUGCUGUGCUUGAAUGCCGCUGAUGAUCCNCACUUUAACUCUAGAGUACUCCCCCUGGUGAUUGCCUUAGUUUAACUAGUUUUUCUUUGCUCGGGCUCCGCCCUAGUUUCUCACAGCUUCGCUGAACGCAACCCGCGCGAGCCCUCGUUUCUUGUGCUCGCAUUCUACCGUCUCUCAAGAGAAAAAUAAGAGACUGCUCGCUGUGUAUAGUUUAACAUAAACAUAGUUACAUACUAAGACAUACCGUAGGAUGUUAUAUUUGCAGUCAAGGACCAUACGCGAGUUUGAUGACAGAUUUACAUCUCCAACAUUUGGUUAUCGUAACUAUGAGGAAUACUACAGUGCUGCGACUCUUCACACCAAACCACUGCACACAAUAAGAGUACCUGUGCUGUGCUUGAAUGCCGCUGAUGAUCCAUUUUCUCCUCUGCAUGGUGAGUGAGGGCUCAUUUAACCCUUCAAGUCCCAAUAGUGACUAACGUCAAUUUUCUCCUAACGAUAUCCAUACAUCGUCAAGAGAUUAGGUUAUGAGAAUUAGUGAAAUGAUCACCAAAGAGAAAAUACCAUGAUGUUUUAUUAAAUUCUCUCAGCUAAUUCUUAAAGGAAAUGUAUGGAGAUCAGUUUGGAGAAUUUGUAUGUGGAUACUGGGGCUUAACGGGUUAAAGAGAAUUUGAAGAGAUGGAGUUUGGGAGGGGGAAGGAGGAGGGGGAGGGGUGGUGCAAGUUAUGUACGCUUUCCAUUUCUGGUCUUUGCUUUUCUCGUAAAAAGUGACAGAAACGACAGCCGGAAAUGCAUCUACGUUCGCAAGCUACUCCAUAGUACAAAACAAUAACUUUAAUAAUUAGGUGGAACAUCAUCGUCCGAGUGAGUGAAGUCCCGAAUAGGACUGUUGUUGACAGUGACUGCCGUUUCGACAACCAAUGCGGCAGUCAUCUCCACAGUUAAAGUGAGUUGUGUCUCGUCAGUUGAUGGUAUUUAACUCUGUUUAUUGACCUGAUUGGUCAAUUAAGUUGCGAUGUUAUUGGUCGUCUGUCACUUAAAGCGUAAUGUUAUUGGCUAUGAAGAUUGUAAAUGUGAUUUGCGCGUUUCUAUCCUUCUUUUUUCACAGUUAUAAUUGUCGUUUCACUGACACUCAAAAACAUUAAAUUGGCAAAUCUCAAUUUACCCGCAACUCAGUUUAAUAGCAAAGACAGCAUCGACCUCGGUAAUUUCUUUUGUGGAAAACAUCGACUCUAGCAUCAGAAGGGAUUUGGGGAAUUUAAUCUAGUAUAGGGUGGCAAAAUUCAGCUGAACUAGGUCUGGAAUAAGGUAAUGGUCCGGUAUCCCAGCGGCUUGUCCCCAUCCACACAUUCCUAAAGUACCCCCGGGGGUGAAUUCGGGACUGUAAACUAUCCAGGUAAGAUCGUAAUGACAAAUUUGCUUUCUUUUGCUCCCAUUGAACAGCGAUCCCUCUAGAUGCGUUAGCCGAGAAUCCGCUGGUUGCCAUGGUACUCACGUCAUAUGGUGGUCACAUUGGCUUUGUGGAAGGCGCUGGAAUUGAAGGAACCAAUUAUAUGGAAAGACUGUUUGUUCAGUUCACCAAAGGAAUCUUUGAACUGGUCGAGAAGGGUAGACUCCAGGAAGUGAUCGAAAAGGCUCACUCAUAACUUACUUGUGUAAUUUAUUUAUGUAGAGCUGACACACGCGUCGAAUAUAUAGUGAGCGGAGCCCCAUGCGUAAGGAAAGAUGAUAAACCGAUGGAGUUGCCAACCCUUGUGUAUAUGGGCGAACGCGCGCUUGCACAGGAAGCCCACUUUAGCAUUGUGCACACAACACACCCAAUGUGUAAGAGAAGACUCUUCAAGUCCGUGUACGCCGUACAACGAGUACAGGGACUAGGCAAGGACUUAGUACAUCCAGAACUGCACUCACAUUGGCGAUAUUCAACCUUCUUACGAUAUGACUCGAGUAACGUGAAAUCAGAGUAAUUAUUUUGCUUGCCUAGUAUAUCACGACAGAAGCACAAAAUCUAGUUAUGCAAUCACUUUUGGUAUCCAGUGUUAUGUUAGCUUAUGUUUACUCCAAAUUGUUUGAUAAAUUCGCACAAAAUUCGUUAUCCAAUAGCAAUUGGGUUAGGGUUAAUAAGUUAUUUCUUCUAAUAUGUUCAGUAAAUCCGCUAAACUUGCAGGUUCAAGCUUAUCGGCAAAAAUCGUAGUGUAUGUUUCCGUUUGAUGUCUCUAUUUUAGUUUUUUUAUGUAAUUAUCUUUGUUAGGAGAGAUCUCAGUUGUUAAUAUUGUUUUUACCAGUUUGUCAAAAAUAAAAUUACAAGGAAACUGAUAAAGAACGACCUUUUAAAGAC